AUGAGUUCGCCGAGAAGUAAGCCAAUCGCAUACCGUUCAUACUCGACCAAAACACAGUCAACAAAAGUGUUGAGUGGUGAAUAUAGCGGUAGUGAGAGUGAAUCAUUUGAUGACACCAACGAUGGGCGCAGAACAGCAAUUAGACAAGAACCACAGGGACAAGAAACACAUAAAGACUUCAGCAUAUCAUCACCUUCUGCUUAUGAUACACUAAUUAUUCAUAAUGAUGAUGGGUCCAGGUUCAGUUCUGGCAUACCUAAAUAUCGUUAUGGAAAUAGGGAAGAAAUAAAAAGUCAAGGACAUAAAAAUGGUGGACGACAGAUCGUUGACAUGGGUGUAAGGGAAAUAACCAAUAUACCAGAUGAUUAUCUCAGUCAAUCUCAUGUCUUAAAACACCUCGCUAAAGAAGUUAAGGUGGAUCCAUCGAAACGCGACACUAACUUGUCUCGAUGGCAUGAUACUGAUAAGAAUAUGUGGUUACCAGAGUAUCGACCAGUUCCUAUUAGAAAUCUGGUUAAAUCAAAGUCUCAACCAAAUUUGGGUACAGGUUUGUUAAAAAUUGAACGUUCUGAUACGGAUCCCAUGAGACACACACUAGGAAAUACUAGAAAAGAUCAAAAAAUGUUGUCCAUAGUGGACUGUUUGAUGAUGGAAAAUAAAAGUCUGAAAAUAGAACUGGAAUCGUGCCAUCAAAAAGUUGCCAAAUCGUACAGGCUUGAACAAGAAGUUUCCAAGGUGUAUCGUUCUCACCAAGAACUUGUAGAAUCAAGUGAACGGCGUGAAAGACUUGAACGAACAGCUCGAUUAAAACUUCAAGCAGAAGUUAGGCGUUUACAAGAAGCGAACCGUUCUAUAAUACGUGAUCAAUCAUUGUCUUCCUCAAACAUAGUAGAUAAUAAUCAAAUGGUAAAACGUGAGAACAUGAUAGCUCAAUUGAUAACCCAGAAUAAAGACUUGUUAGCAGCUAAAGAUCGCCAAGAAAUUGAAUUAGCUGCUCAACGUGCUACACUUGAAGAGCAACGCACUCAUAUUGAUAUUUUAGAUACUGCAUUAACUAAUGCUCAGUCUAAUGUUGUUCGCCUAGAAGAAGAAUGUCGUAAGAAGCAAGUUCAUGUGGAAAGAGUUGCCCAGCUUCAAAGAGCAUUGUCUUCUCUUCAACUGGCUAGCGACCGUCGUGAGCAGACUGAGCGUAAACUUCGACUUCAGCUGGAGCGAGAACUGCGGAACGAACGUGCACGCAAUAAUAAUGCUUCUCAAGAUGGUUCAGCUGAAAAUGAACCGGGUGAAAGCUUACCCGAAUUAAAGCGUAUGCUACGGGAAAAAGAUGAAAAAAUAAUGCGACUAGAAGGUGAAGUUGCAAAAUGGGAACAACGAUAUCUAGAAGAAAGUGAAUUACGUCAAGCUGCUAUAGAUGCUGCCAGUGUACCAAAGGAUGCAAAAAUAGCAGCAUUGGAAAAGACAGGUCAAGAAAGUGAAAAACUAAUUGCGGAAGCACGAUCAGACAAGUUAAAAAAAAUGGAAGAAGUUCAUGCAGCACAAAAAAAAGUCAGCGAAUUGGAAUCGCGAAUGAAAGAGUUGGAAUCUAGAUUGGCAGAACGUGAUGCAAUGAUUAGAGUGUUGCAAAAGAAACAUAGUUUUGAAAAGGAUGUGUCCGGGUCAUAUCCAAGUAUAUGUCUCAGUCAUCAUACUCCACAUUCAAGUCUUAAUACUACAGACCUAACUUCUGAUGACCUCGGUUUUGGCUCAAACAAUUCAUAUACAAGUAGUGUGGACAGUACUUAUCAUCACCACCAUGGUAAUAAGUAUUCAUCUACAAAUCAGAGUUUUGACCAUAAAUCAUUAGAUGACCAACUAAAAGAAUUGGACUCGCAGCUAUUGAACAAGAGAGGUCUUUGCUGUUUUCCAGGCUUCUCUCAUACGGGCUCUUUGUCGCGAAAAGCAAAAACACCCCAACCACUACUGGAGGGUGUAACUGGAAAUUUCCUCGGUCACCGGGCUGAUGACAUCAUGCUUUUGGAGAAACAAGGUUUGUGUUCACAAGCACAACGUCAAACACAAGAAAGCCGUUGUGGAAGUUUACCUCCUAGUUCACUUCCUCGGCCAAAACGACACAGGAAAUCUAGCAGCAAAGUCGGAGAGUAUGGUCGACUCAGUGAUUCGGACGUCAAGUCAAAAGAUGUGAAAAAGUUAGGUGAAUACAGUCAUUUCAAUGAUAGCCGUAAGAAUUCCUUGAAUUCUCUGGAUACAUCUAGUGAUGCUAGCACAGCUCCAAAUACACCUACUGAAUGUCCCUCUUCUGUUAAGUUUGAACCAUUAGAACGAUCACUCAGGCAAUCACCUUUACCACCAGAUGGACGUUAUCGUAGAUCUAGCCGUGAAUCAGAUGUAAUUACCUCUAGAGAAUCAUCUUGGACUGGGCCUAGGGAGUCUUCAUCUAGAAAUAGUGUCAACCGAGAAUCAAGAUCUAGUAUUACCAGAGAAUCUCCAACUAGGGCAAUAAUGGUUGGACCUAGAGACUCGCCAGGAAAGAGUAUACUUGAUCCGCCCAGAGUAAUGGCUAGAGAAUCUCCAGGUCGUUCGUUUUACAAAGAUACACAACGAAGCUUUAUCCCACCACCUAGAAAAAUUGAUUUUGGAAAUUUGGGCACACCGGAUUCGAGUAAGAUAUCAAACAUUGAAUCCAAAUUGAGAAUAUUCUCUCCAGGGGGGGUUCAAGGAAGAAGAGGAUCACUGCAAAGAGAUGGGAUUUACAAGGGAGACUCAAACAAUAAGAAUGGUGUUCGGUCACUGCCUACUCCAAACAAAUAUAAAAUUCAGUUUUAA